AAAAAAAAAAAAAAAAAAAAAAAGAAAUUGGUGGUAAUAACUAAAUAAUGAUGGAUUAUUUAUUUUUAGUUGGUGCAAUUCAUUUAUUUGCCUGUCCUUUCACAAAAGUUGAAGAAAGUUUUAAUCUACAGGCCAUGCAUGAUAUGAUUUUUCAUAAGUGGAAUUUAACUGAGUAUGAUCAUUCAGAGUUUCCUGGUGUUGUUCCAAGAACUUUUGUUGGGCCUUUGGCAGUAACCUUUAUACUUUCACCAGUUACAACUUUAUUCGAAAUGGCUAACAUUUUUUCAACCAAUAAGUUUGUUUUUCAAUACUUGGUUCGUGCCACAUUAGGAUGUUGUGUUCUAUUGUGUUUCAAGCUACUACAGAAGUCAGUGAAAGAUAUUUUUGGAGAAGGUGUUGCAUUGUGGUUUCUUGUACUCACAGCAUCCCAGUAUCAUUUCAUGUUUUACUUAAGUCGUCCUCUUCCAAAUAUAAUGGCUUUACCACUAGUGUUAUUGGCAGUUACUUAUUGGUUGAAACAGGAUCAUGUUUAUUUAAUAUCCUAUUCUGCAGUUGCAGUUAUUAUUUUCCGUUUUGAGUUGGCUAUUUUUCUUGGAAUAAUCAUUCUGUCGGAAAUCAUUUAUGGCCACAUUAGUUUUAUGAGAGCUUUAAAAAUUGGUGUUAUCUCAAGUUUGUGUGCAUUAUUAAUCACUUUUACUGUAGACUCAGUGUUUUGGAACAAACCAAUCUGGCCAGAAGGAGAAGUAUUCUGGUUUAAUGCAAUAAUGAAUAAAAGUUCUGAAUGGGGUACAUCACCAUUUCUAUGGUACUGGUAUUCUGCUCUUCCACGUGCAUUGGGCGCUAGUAUAACACUAAUACCUGCUGGUAUAAUUGGUGAAAAAAGGACAAAAUCACUUAUUUUUCCUGCAGCAAUUUUUGUUUUUAUGUUAUCAUUUCUUCCUCAUAAAGAACUGAGAUUUAUCAUUUAUACGUUCCCAUUAUUCAACAUUUCAAUUGCAGUAGCUUGCAAUAAGGUGUGGAUUAAUCGUCAUAAAUCCAUGACUCGUUGGGCUGCUAGUGUUUACAUUGUAUUGCACAUUAUAAUAAAUGUAAUACUAUCUUGUAUUUUAUUGAGAGUUGCAUCAGAUAAUUAUCCUGGAGGUGUUGCUAUAAGUCGACUGCAUAGGCUUGUUUCUCCUGAAAACCAGGUUCAUGUUUAUAUCGACAACUUACCUGCACAAACAGGAGUAUCCAGGUUCACUGAAAUUAAUAAAAAUUGGAUUUACAACAAAACAGAAAACUUAACACCAGGCAGUACAGAUUUUUUAAUAUUUUCACAUUUAUUAUUGGAAGCUAAAAGCAAAUAUUCUCCAAAUUUAAAACCUUUUUCUCAUUCUCAUGAGAUUUUAGAUGUUGUUGAUGGAUUUUCCCAUAUACAUUUCAACUAUAAUAGUUUUCCGCCUUUUAGAAUUAAGUCUAAACCAAUGAUAUUUAUACUGAAAAAAAUCAUUUUACCAAAAAACAUUACUGAAAAUGGUACAUCAACUUUAAGUGAAUCUGCUUCUAAGGAAGUAAAAAAAAAAAGUAUUACUAAAAAAAUAACUAAUGUUGAUAUUAAUAUAACAGAUAAUUUAGUACCUAAAGAAAUUGUUGACUCAUCCAAAGAAAAUCUAGUAUCAGCAAAAAAUAUUAAUAAGGAAGUAAAUAUAGCAAAACCAUUGGAUGAUGAACCUAAGGACUCAGAAAACAAAACGUUUUCAAAUAAUAAUAGUGAAGCUUUGAUUGAUGUUAAAGAAAUGUAAAAACUAAAUAUAUUAUUUUUUGUCUUAUGGAUUGAUUAUGUAAUAAAUAAUUUUACAAUUUUUCUAAGUUGUUAUAUAUUUUUCUCAUUUUGAGGAUUACAAUUUUUUCACAUUAUUUUGUUCUUAUAAUAAAAAAAAUAUUUUAUGCUAA